AUGGCGUCUAGAGUAAAUACCAGUUUCACUUUGAUUCCUAACCAGAAAUAUAGACGUAGUAAUCGUCGAUCCAGCUAUUUUUCCAACACCUUUGACCCAGAUUCUCAGCCCUUAUCAACGCUUGGAAAUUUUAAAGCCUUGCCAUUGGAAAUGUUCCAAAUAAUUCUAAAAUAUUUGUCAGUGAAGGAUAUCAGCAUGCUAAGCAUGGUGUCCAAAACAGUCAGCCAACACGUUAUUAAUUAUAUCUCAACCUCAGCAGGAAGCAAAAGACUUUUACUACAGGAUUUUCAUGACCUUGAGCUGCCUGACAGAGAAGACACCACUAUGUUGGAACACUACAGAUCUCUAGGUCUGCUAUUUAAAAGAUGUACGUUGCUGCUACCCACAAAGGAAAGACUAAAGUACAUUCACAAGAUACUUGCAGAUGUUUCCUGUUUUAAAUUCAAUGGAUGUGCAGCUCCUUUGCAAUGUGUAGGAUUAUUAUGUUAUGGCAUAUUUUUACAGACCUUAACAGCAGGUUGGGAUGAACUCGAGUGCCAUCGUGUUUAUAAUUUCUUAUGUGAGCUGACUCAUCUGUCCCGUAAGAUGCAGACAGUUGUCUGCAGCAAACCAGGAAGCGCCCGAAAACUGGAAUUAAGGAUCAGACUUUUCUGUAGGAAUGUACUGCUUGAUCAUUGGACCCAUCGAAGUGAUUCUGCAUUUUGGUUGACACGUAUAUUGAAACCGUGGCCAAUGGUGAAUCAGGCAAGAUUACUGUAUAUCAUCUUCGGACCUGUAUCUCCUCAAGAUGGACAGGUGGUUUGGCAGAAAAUGAUAGAAGGACCUACAGAUGAAUCCUGCCUGAAAAGUUUGGCUGAUGCCAUUAAAUUGCUAUAUGACACAAGCACCAAAGAAUGGACAGCAGAUGAUGUUAUCAGUCUUGUAGAUGAACUAUCAGUGGUUCCUCGUGAGUGGCUUCUGGAGAAUAAUGCACGUCUCCUAAUCCUAAGUGGGAACAAUAUCUGUUUCACUUUCAUGGCUAGUAAAGCUGUGAAUGGACGCACCAUUGAACUGGCAAGGCUGAUAGUCUUUUUGGCUUUGGUGUGUGAGAAAGAGCUAUACUCCAUGGACUGGGCAGUUAAAAUGAUGCAAAAAGUCUGUAAAGUCUUCAGCACUCCAGUGGAAAGAAAUAACUUCCUGCAGAGUGUGGCAAAUGCGUUUGCAUGUGCUAUAAUGGAAAUGCUACAGUCUGUUAUGUCUGGAGAUGGUGAUGACGACGACAGAAGCUUUAUGAAUUUAUUCCAUCUUGUGCAGGCUCAGGCUAGCUUCCAUAAAGAGGUCCUGUAUUUGACCAUGAAUGUUCUCUCUUCCUAA